UUAGUUUAAUAUUAAAUGUUCUUUCCUAACAGAAUCUCUCUCUUUUUUUAUAUAGAAUAUACUGUGCCUCUGCAUAACUCCAGUGGUAACCUAUCAGAGACUGUACCUUCCAGCAAUACAAGCAAAUCCAGCAAUACAAGCAGCAGCACCGUGAAACCAUUAACUACAAUAUCCGUAGUCUCAAUCAACGUGACAGCUGUCACCAGGAAAUCUACUUCUAAAAUGGCAACACCAGGAGUCUCAACCAGUACAACGCCCACCACCUCAAAGUCUACACCUAAAGGAACGAGUAUUUCCCACAACAUAUCCCAUAUGUCAACACCCACGAUGACCACAACCCACAGUAGUUCAGUGACACUGCUAACAACAACUGUUCAUUCUAAAGAAUACAGAGGAUCAAAAUUUGAUACUGGCAGCUUUGUUGGUGGUAUUGUAUUGACACUGGGAGUUUUAUCUAUUCUUUACAUUGGAUGCAAAAUGUAUUAUUCAAGAAGAGGCAUUCGGUACAGAACCAUUGAUGAACACGAUGCCAUCAUUUAAGGAAAUCCAAGAACCAAGGAAAGAAGACUAAUACAACUUUUUAAUUUUGGUUUAUUUUAAAACAAUAUUCUCUUAAAAGUAGUAUAAAUGGGCCAUGUACAUGAUGUAUUGCAUAAAUAUGUGAAGAUUCCUCAUUACUAAAGGUAAAUUACUAAAGGUAAAAAUGUCAAACAUUUAAAUGAAUAUUUGAAGCUUACAAAUAAUUUAUACAAUGAUUAUAUUAACAUUUGGCAGAUACAUCAUAGUAAGACAACUAUUGUCUCAUGUUUUUUUGGCAUUGGUCACACAGGACCAGUAACUGAAACAUAUCACUGAAGGACAGGAUGGCAUCUGUGUUCACAAUUAAGGAGGUCAGUACAGCACUCAGGAUUUUGAGUCUUUGUUGCUCACACAAAGAACUUCAGUGCUUUUCAGAGCUGAAUAUGCCCUAAUUACUAAUGCCAUAAGCAGAAAUUACACAAUUGAGUAAACUAGGUCUGAAGCAUAAUUUCAGAAAUUAUCCAUUUUAUAUUUUAAGUGUUGUAUUUGGUCUAGAAAUAGCAUACACACUCUCCAUGUAUUCUAAAUGAACCCAAAGCAGUGAUGUGCUUUGCUGUACUAGAGACCCAGUUGAGCAUUAAAAAAACUUAUAAUUUUUAUUAAUAACUUCUUUAAAGAUUUUAAUGUUAGUUGAUAAAAUUUUCUUUCUUUAUAUAAUUUAGGCAAACUGCAAUGUUAAAAAUGAUAUAAGGAUUCACCUUUAAGACUGGCAUAGGAAAAAACUAGAUAUUAGAGUAUUUGCUACUGGAAAUUGCUUUUAUUUCCUAUUCACUUGUUCAUUUUAUAUGUAGUGAUUAUUUUUAAAGAAAUGUAGAGCUGCUUUCGAUAUCUGGAAAUUUUUAAAGAUUUCCAAAACAAUACUUAUAACUCUAUUGUCAGAAUUAUAGAUGUUUAUUAAACCAGGGAUUAUGGGAGUCCCCCCCCCCAGCUAUUCUACCUGCAGGGUGAAAAUGCUGCAUUUCAUACACUGUCAAUUUUAAGAGAAUUAGGGAAAUGACAUUUUUAUACUUUAAAUAAAUGUAUUUUGAAGUAAAUGAUUACUUUAGACAGGACAUUGCCUGCACAUUGCCUGCUUCCUUAUGUUGGGUAUUCUAGACCACUCUUCUUACCCCAUUGCUGAAGGGGAGCUACUUUCAGAUGCACUAUGUUAACAAAGAGAAAAAGCACAGUAUUAUACAAACACCAAUACUAGGCAGUGUAUUUUGGAGUGGUUUUAGUUUUACAGUUUAUAUUCUACAACUUAAACUCAGGGUCAAGUUUUAACAAAAGAGGCAUUCAGUCAUUAAAUACCAAGAUA